CUCACGCAGAGUAAUGCUGCCAGGCUACACAGGGCACCCCACGCCUGUGACCGGCUCUGCACACACACAAGGACACCGGAGCGCCACAGGGUCACCGCGCAUGUCUCAGCGAGGCACUGGGAACCGGACACGGCACAGGCCUCCUUCUUCGGCCAAAGAGAGCAGCCGGGAGCCCAGGGCUACCACAGCCCCGCGGGCUGCUGCGAGGAACCGCCGGCCCUGUCGCCUGCCUCGGCAGGGGCCGAGCCUCGGCCUCACGGCCCGGCACCCUGCGGCAAGCGGGCCCAGCGGCCCGCUCCAGCUCCAGCCACCCUUCCAGCCGCCGACAGCCUGCCCCAGGCCGCCAAGCCCCACACCGCCGCCUCACGCCUGCCCGCCGCUUCCCCUCAGCGGCCCAGCGGCUCGGGCACGGCCGCCCCCUCAGCGGCCCCUCAGCAGCCAUGCCUGUCUCCUUCCCCGGCAGCAGCCCCCGGGCCUUCCCUCACCGCCGGGCCGCCGCCGGCCAUCCUCCCUGCCCGAGGCUCCGCAGCCGCUCGAGUUUCCUGCUCCCUCUUCCUGGUUACCGGCUCCGGGAGCAGCAGCGCCGGGCGGGGGCGGCACCGGCGGGGCCGGGCGCGGGCAGCCCGAGCAGCCGCGGGGCCUGGGGCUGCCGGGGUGCAGGCGCUGCGCGGCUACCGAGGGAAACCGCCGCUAGCCCCCACACGGCUUGACAGGCAGGCCAACGGCUUCUACUUUUCUCCUGUUGCAAGCUCCUCCUUCCCCUUUUCACAGGCAGCCACACGGAAAAAUUCGUUCGCAUUUCACACGGGAGCUCCCCAGGGUCAAGGACAAGGAGCAGCUCUGUUUCUGCUGGUGUAACCUUCACCUUUGCCUCAGCAGCAAAGAGGUUCAGCUGAAAGCAAUCCAAGGCCCACGAAACAUUAACCAGGUUAUCAUCUGUCCCACCCACGUUGCCUCUUGCACCAGAAGCCCGGAGGACAACUGGACCAGCGCAGAGUUCCAAGGCUGCCGAGCCCAUAGUGAAUCACACGCAGGAAUUACCAGCUCCUCGGAGAGCCUGCAAACGUUUUGACACCUGAGCAUGUUGCAAGCAAACAUUACAGGUGACAGGACUGUGUCUUAACCCAGCCCAUCUGGCAAGAUCUUAAAAGCCUGAAGAAGUCUUCUUCACAUUUGUCCUGCAGAAAGCCUGAGCUUUCAGAAGAAAGGCAAUGCAGCACUCUGGUAUGAACUCUGAAUUUCAAAAGAAGUGCAGCAUUGAUUUUUUCUCUUGAUGGGCUGCCAUGAUGUCCUGCAUGAAAGAAAACACUCACUGUAUUACUCCAGCUGGUUCUCAGUCAUUAUUACAGCUUUACAGAGGAGAGACACAAAUGGAAGUUACGGAAUUCCAUUACACAGCCUUCUGAUUACAAGAAAUUUGAGGGAGGAAGGUAAGAAGGAAAAAAAUCCACCUGAGUUCCUCAUGAUCUUUGUCAUGAUAAAUCAUCCUCAUGAUGAUUUAUUGAAACACUGAUGUGAAAGUAAUCCAUUACAUCUGAGAUACAAAAGGAAAGAAACUUGUUUUGCCACAUUCUUAUAAACCUCUGAAAAUCAAGUUCUGUGAUGAACUGCCCUCCUUAGAGAAAUCCCUACUGUUGUAACACUACCUGUACUGGACCUUGGCAAACUGUGUGCUUUUCCCCUUGCUUCAUGUAUGUUAUCUUCUUCUCUUUGAUGUA